AGACAGAACAGCAGCAGAGAAGAAGAGAGGGGGAGGCAGAGCAGAGGUGUCAGUAUCUCCUUCGUCUCUCCAGGCUCUGUGGCUGCAUGCUUUCUACCAGUCCAAUUUCCAUCCAGAAAUGACUGAACAGUGUGGUGUGAUCCCGAAUGAUGGACGGCUAAAUGAAAUCGGGGUUAUCACCUGUGAGCACUACACCGCUUUAGGGGAUUGCGAUUGUUCAGCCCUUCAACCAACUCCAGCAGACCCAAGGAUCACUGAGGAAUGGUCUUCAUCUGGAGAAUCGAUAAUGGAUUGUAAUGGAGGAAGAGCACAAGGGAGAACGUGAUGAUGAUGAUACCAAAUGGACAUAAAGUAAUUCUCUGUUUCAAACAAUUCCUCUCUCACAGCCUAUGAAGGAUGAAGUUAGUGUAAGAAAGCUGUGGAUGUCCAAGAGUCUCUUUGGAUGAUCCCCAAUGACUCUAUAUGACCAACAUCCAAUCUUGUGAGAUUUGGUGAAAGUCUGCCUCUAACCUUGGAGCCUACAAUCUGCACUUUCCCCCGGUGAAACUUCUAUGGAAUAUGAAAUCACAAACCUGACAUGGUGCUAUGGACCAUAUCGUGAGGAUCACCAUCUCCAGGGAGAUAAAGUGAAGAAUGAGAACACCUGAAAAGUAGAGUAGUCAGGCGGGGAUGACACUGAAAGCAGUGAUUCAAGCACAACAGACAAUGACAAGACAGAGGUCUGCAUGAAAGAAAGCAUUGAUUGUAGUUCACUGCAGUGAUGUUGCUAACCACAUGCCCCCCAAUGAGGGGUAGGCGUGUGUUGCUUUCGGGGUUUCACAACCAGCCCCUUCCCUUCGCCUGAGUGGAGCCAGUAUUGCCAUAGCAUAAGUUCAGUGAAGACUUUUCAAGUUGUGUCAAAUAUCGACAAGUUCACAAAAGAAUGGUACGAAUCAAGUUGCGUUACAGACUGAGCUGGUCAAGUCAAACAUGGAGGGAUGUUCUGACCUUCUCUAGCAAAUUCCUUGGGCGCCACUUUGAUAGCUGCUGAGCUGGAGAAGCUUCUGCUGGGAGGGAGUGGCGUCUUCCUCCUGCCAGGAUAAUGCACACAUCUCCCAUGCUGAUCUCUGCAGCCACCAUGAGCAACAUGACUGUGAUUGACACUGCUGACCCCUAUGACCUUGACAUGACCUCAUCUGAGGCUGUCUACCCCAUCAGCUUCCAGGUGUCUCUGACAGGCUUCCUGCUUUUGGAGAUAGUUUUGGGUCUGAGCUCAAACCUCACUGUGCUAGUCCUCUACUGUAUGAAACAGAACCUCAUCAGCUCCGUCUCGAACAUCAUAACCAUGAACCUGCAUGUGGUGGACGUGUUGGUAUGUGUAUGCUGCAUUCCAAUGACAGCUGUGGUGGUGCUACUUCCUUCGGAGGCAGACACAGCCAUGAUGUGCUGUUUCCAUGAGGCCUGUGUUUCUUUUGCAAGCGUAGCUACUGCUGCUAACGUCCUUGCCAUCACUGUGGACCGCUAUGACAUCUCAGUGCGGCCAGCAAACCGUGUGCUUACGAUGAGCCGGGCAGUAGCACUCCUGGGAUCUAUUUGGGGUUUAUCCUUUUCCAGUGUCCUGGUUCCCUUCGUGGAAGUAGGCUUCUUCAUCAACUCUGGCUCAGACCUGUUGAACCAGACUGCUGUGGUCACAGUACCUCAUACAAACGAGUACUACACAGAGAUGGGUUUGUACUAUCACCUGCUAGCACAGAUCCCUAUAUUCUUUUUCACAGCUGUAGUAAUGCUGGUGACUUACUACAAAAUCCUUCAGGCACUUAAUAUUCGUAUUGGGACACGCUUUCAGCAGAACUUGCCUAAAAAAAAGCACAAAAGUAAAAACACUAUCUCUUUAAGCACUGCGACACAAGCAGAGUCGACUGAUGCUUCACAGAGCAGCACAGGAGUGAAGGCAGGUGGAAAUGCACCUCUGGGCAUGCGGGCUUCAGUGUCCGUCAUUAUUGCUCUAAGACGAGCAGUAAAACGACAUCGGGAAAGACGGGAGAGACAGAAGCGAGUCUUCAGGAUGUCUCUUCUUAUCAUCUCCACGUUCUUACUUUGCUGGACUCCAAUAACUGUGCUAAACACCAUCAUCCUCAGCACUGGGCCCAGUGAUUUAACUGUACGCCUCCGGCUGGGCUUCCUGGUGAUGGCCUAUGGGACAACUAUCUUUCACCCUCUCCUCUAUGCCUUCACACGGCAGAAGUUCCAAAAGGUUUUGAAGAGCAAAAUGAAGAAGAGGGUGGUGUCUGUAGUUGAAGCUGACCCCACACCAAACAAUGUGGUCAUCCAUAACUCAUGGAUUGACCCCAAGAGAAACAAGAAGGUGACCUUUGAGGACACAGAAGCAAGACAAAAAUGUCUUUCCACACAGGAUCCGGAGUAAUUCAAAUGUAUAUAUGUCAAAUAUGGGCAAAUUGGAAUUAUUAUACUGGGAGUGACAAUCUAGAAAGUGUUUGAGGAAGAUAAUAGAGAACUGUUUAUGCCAAUUACUGUAUCAAAAAAGAUGGACAACAUGGUUGCUCCCCAGAAGUGAAGCAAAAACACUUGAGACGCCCCCUGGUGAAUAGCUGCAGAAUUCGUAACACACCCUUGUUGACAGAUGGGACCAACAACAAAAUCUUGAGGAACAGCUGAGAUAGUGGCUCAUUCCCACAAACACUACUGUGCCGAUAUUAUGGCUCUAUGUAUGUACAGUGGGACGAAGGGGAGAGGUGUGGUCUGUUUAUAUACAAUGAUCGGUUUAUACAAACCCUUUUUUUUUUAAACAUGGUAAAAAGACCGGAUCUACACUCAUUAACAUUGACAUUUUUUAUUUUGGGCAGCUUACUAAAUGUAAACUAAAAUGAUCACCACAGAGAAGAUGACAUGGGGCGAGGGAGUUUCUGAAUAUCACUUGUAAAAAGGGAAAAAUAACAGCACCUGAAUGUAAGCAAGUUCAAGGUGAGCACUUAUUGUAGACUUUUCAAAGACUUGUUGAAGUGGAUAUUGUAGGCACAUGGAGAUGGUAACUUAUUGCUUUUUAUUGUGGGAUGUUGUGUUGUGCUAUCAAGGACAAUUGAGUUAUAUCUCUGUAAGCAGCAGUGUGUGUGUUCCCUGGUUAGCAUAAUAUGAGACAAAUGUACAGUCAUAGAUUACCUUGAUAUUGUUUGUCACCAUUUGU